AUGAAGAAGAAGAAGUCUAGCUUUGACAAUCAUUGGCGUGAGCUUCGUAGCCAACCCAAGUGGAGAACUCCUACAACUAGUGCAAGUUCUAAAAGAACUAAAUUAAGUAGUUCUGGAGCUUACUCAUCGGAGGGAAAUAAUGAUACACCAACAUCUGAUGAAUUUGAACUGAUUCGUCCUACAGGUACGAAAGCAACUAAAAGGAAGGGAAAGGGAAACGGAAAGGGAAAGGGAAAGCGGAAGGCAACAGCUGCAGAAGUUGAGAAAUCUAAGGCUUUCGAAGUUAAUGACUUGAGAAGAAUAACCAUAAUGGAAACCGUAAAUGAAAUUCGCCAGAAAGAGAUUGAGACUCGACAAAGGGAGCUUGAGGAAAAACAAGCUGAGAUGGAUUUAAAAGUCAUUCUGGCAGAUACUGAAAAAAUGACUGAUGUUCAGCGUAAGGCUCAUGCAAUAUUUUUUGAGAAAAUAUUGGCAAGAAACUAG